GGGAAGCCAAAUCAUCUUCAUUAAUCAGUGCUUAACUUUCAGUUGAUUACUAUAGCUAAUUUCGAAUAUGGCGCUUAAGGGUAAGUUGGAGACUGAAAUAGAACUUAAGGCAGAUGCUCAGAAGUUCUACGAAGUCUUUAAGAAACAAGCCCACCAAGUUCCCAACGCCGCUCCUGGCCAUAUUCAAGCAGUUUCGGUGCAUGAAGGUGAUUGGGAGACACAUGGCUCUGUCAAGAUCUGGCAAUAUACUGUGGAGGGGAAUGCCGAGGUUUUCAAAGAGAAGGUUGAAUUUGAUGAUGCAAGCAGGACAGUAACUCUUGUUGGUGUUGAAGGAGAUGUGAUGAAGAGUUACAAGACCUUUAAACCCAUCUUUAAGGUUGCUCCCAAGGCUGUUGGCGGCUUGGCGACAUUGACUAUUGAAUAUGAGAAACUGAGAGCUGAUGUUCCUGCACCAAAUAAGUACUUCACUAUGAUGCUUAACAUCGCUAAGGAUGUUGAUGCCCAUCUUGUCAAGGCAUAAUAAAAAGGAUGCUGCCUGCUGAUCGAUCUACUCCUAUUAUACAUAUAAUCAUAAAAGCCAGCAGGUUGUGUAUUAAUGUUUUGUCGUGUGUAUUAAAUAAGUGAAGGGCAUCUUGUGUUAUUGCUCGUUAUGUCUUCAAAUUAAUUUGUGUAAUCAGUUUUUAUGGUGUGUAAAACUAUGAAGAAAGUUCUAAUUAUGGUUUUUAUGGAUUUGAAA